GAUACAAUGUUUCUGCAAUAUUCGGCAACUUGUAGUAACAUUGGUUUCAGUAUCGAUAGCCAGUCUCGGAGCAGGGAAGGGUUUCUGUUUGAUUGAUCUGAUGACCCAAGACCAUUCCAUCGUUGCGCCUUAUUUACCUCUGAAACUGCUGUCCAAUGAGAUUUCUUACUUCGGACCGCACCCGUGGCCCCUUGAGUCUGAAGAUUGUGGGUUCAAGUGUCUCACUGGACACCGGAAUACAAAAUCCGCCUUUAAUAAUCUCGGACUCUUCAGAGGGAGUGUCACAUUCAGAUAUAAGUUUUUAGCCAUUUUUGAACGAUUUUCUGAAGAAGGGCCUAGGCCCGAAACGUCAGCCAUCCUGCUCCUCUAAUGCUGCAUGCUCUGUGGUGUUCAUCCAGCUCUCCACCUUGUUAUUCUCAGGUUCUCCAGCAUCCGCAGUUCCUACUAUGUCUGAUACUAGCCAAGCCCCUCAGAACUGAUUUGUUCGUAUUUACACUGGAAGUGGAAGUGCCGACAGGAAACAUUUCUUCAGCAGUGGUGAAUCUUAUAGCUGAAGAAUGAAGCAGAUUUCACUGGGGAUACAGCAUAAAGCUUUUGCCUACUCUAUGACAACACUUGGAUCUGCCUUAAUGAACAACUUGUUUAGUUUCUAUUAUGUGAAGCUCUUUUUGAAUCGGUAUGGAAUUUCUGAAGGAUUGUUCCACCAGGCACAAGUUGUCUUCAUGUUUUGGAAUGCUUUAAAUGAUCCGCUUUUUGGUUAUUUACAAGAUAAUGCCAAGUUUCCCUGCUGUGCCAAGCGGCGUCUCUCCAUACUGUACGGUGCUCCACUUUAUGCUGUUGCCUUCCUGCUGCCAUGGUUCCCAUGGCGUGACUACCAGGAAGGUGACUGGUUGUGUGGGCUGCACCUAAUCAUUGCUCUUUGUGCUUACGAUGGAAUGUUGACAUUUGUCCUCUUGGCACAAUGCGCCCUCUUUGCUGAGAUUUCAACCAAACACGAGAAUCGACUGCAGCUCAUCAAAUAUAACCAAGUGGCCUCAUUGAUUGGAUCUUCAAGCGUCCUUUUCUGUGGCCUUAUAUCAGAUAACAUGAAAAAUAUUUUCAACUUCCAGGUAUUUGCCCUCUGUAUUGCCAUACUGGCGUUUUGUUGCAUGUACUACACAGGGUUGCACUGUAUCAGCCAUUAUGAACAAGUGGAAAAGGAUAAUGUAGGGGAUGUGACCGAACUGUCCUGGAUCUCUGUAUUCUACCUGACCAAACAAAUCAUCUCUCAGAAGAACUUUGUGCUUUUUGUAAUCAUGAACUUUUGCCAGGUUUUCUAUCUGGCGUUCCUGAACAAUUUUAUGCUGAUCUUUGCAGAUCAUCUGAUUCCACAGUAUCUGCUUCCAGAUUUUGUAAAGAGCAUAAUGUAUGGAGCUGGAUUCAUCUGUCCCCAGCUUUUAAUUCUCAGUUGCCAAUCACUGUUGAAAAAGUUGGGCUACUACAAAAUCAUCUUGUAUAUCUUCUACGUAGAACUAAUGAGUGCAGCAGUCAUGCUGGGAUUGGGCCCGAGUCAUUACUAUCUUAUAUCUGUAUUCCUCAUUGGAAACAUGGUGCUGGUAUCUGCCACAUUCAGUCUCUUUAACCUGCCCCUGGCUGAUAUUAUUGAUGCUGAUUUUCAGAAUUAUAAGCGCAGCUUUCCACUCUCUUCCAUGGUAUUUGGAACCAAUGCUUUGUUUACUAAACCAGCGCAGUCAUUGGCUCCAAUGCUGGUCGUGACCAUUCUUAACCAGUUUGACUAUGAAAAGCUGAAAGACAACUUUACAGGUUCAGAGCAAAGCGCUCUGCAGGAUCUGCAUGGGGUCAUGUUUUACCUGAUCUGCCUGACUCCAAUGUGCAUUGCUUUUCUGCAGAUUCUUGCAUGGACCCCAUAUUCCAUCCGGGAUAGUCACACUGACUUUGCAAAGUAUAUAGAAUCCUAAAGACCAACACUCCAGUGUGAGGACCAUGGUUAUGAGAUUUAAAAAUUUUUAAGUCAAUUUUUCAUACCGGGAAUCGUAAUGUUAGGUGCCAUUGUUAUUCAGAGAGGUGGUAGGAUGUUUUUAAUUUCUUUCUUAUUUAUGGGAUAAAGGUGUUGUUCACAAAACAAAAAUUGCCCAUCCUGCAUUGUUCUUGAAGAUGGUGAUCGGCUAUGUUCCCAAACUCUGCAGUCAAUGUGUUGUUAGGAAGGAAAAUCUAGGAACUUUUUUAGUGACAAUGGGAUGGUAAUAUAUUCAGGUCAGAGAGCUGAGCUUGGAGAUAAUGAUGUUCUCAUGUGUCUGCUGACCUUGUCCUUUAUGAUAUGAGUUGUUAGUUUGAAAGGUACUGUUGAAGUCAUAAUUUUCUGCACUGUAGCUUGUGGAUAGUACACAGUACACACUGCUGUCGCUGUCUGCUGAUUUAGAUAAUUGGGCUCAGAGCAAAUAAGCUUUGUUUCUGGUGGUGAUGUGCUUUUUAAGUCUUGUUGCAAGUUGCCUUAUCCAAGGAAAUGGAGAGUCGUGUGUAUUGAUGAGUACAGUUUUAGUGUAUAAUGUUUUUAUUGAUACCUUCAGCCCGCUGAGUAUAAAUAAAAAUGGAAGUCACCAUACAAAGAACUUUUGCUUCUGAAUUGGGAGUGCUUUAUGCACCAAGGAGGGUGAUACAGAAGAGAAAUUAUUCAAUGUGCCUUGUAAGAUCUGAUGUAUAAAUUCUGCCUUUUUGUGAUUCUGACCCUGGCCUUCUCCACUGUCAUCUGCAUUCAAAAAGCUGCCUUUUCUAAAGUAGAUUUUGCUGGACCUUCCUAAAUUCAGGAACAAAAACAGAAGUUGCUGGAAAAGCUCAGCAGGUCUGGCAACACCUGCGGAGAAAAAAAAAUCAGUGACUGUUUUGGGUCCAGUGACCCCCCCCCGUCGCCUCGGAACUGGUCACUGGACCCGAAACAUUAAGUCAGAAUUUUUUUUUCCUCUGCAGAUGCUGCUGAGCUUUUCCAACAACUUCUGUUUUUUUUUCCUGAUUUACAGCAUCUGCAGUUCUUUUGGCUUUUAUUUCCUCAGUUCAGACUUGAUAUCUUGGUUCUCUCGUCCAAUGCUGUACCAAGUGACUACUUCUGUCUAUAACACUGUCCAUAAUGUGCAAAGCAUUCAAUCUUUGUGGGAUUCUCACAAUCUUUCUAAUGUCAAAUUUUCUGCUAAAACUAUAUUUUAUAUAUUUUUUAAAAAAACUUUAUUUUGUAAAACUGCAAGAGAAUUAUUUGUAGUAAGGACAGUGAGGGUAAAACAAAACCAGAUGAGGAAGAAUAAACUGUCCUUUUCAUGUCAGACCUGAAUUAGAAUUCCCAGGUUAGUAAUCACUCCCAUUAUACCUUUGUGCCUGUAAAGUGAAUGUGGUGCUAUUAAGAAUGAGUUGAAGUAGAUACACGGUCUGGGUAAGCAACAUUGUUUUACUGAGCCGUUUUAGUAUGAUGUAUUGAUUAAACUGUUUUAUUCACA